ACUCAAAUAAAUGUUAGUGAAUUUAUUAUUAUUUACAUAAAGUUUAAUAAAAACCAAAUUCUGCAAAUAUGUUUUAAAAUAUUGCUCGAAAUUUUUAUAAAAUGAUUGCUUGUGUUUUUAGUCAUUGUAAAUAACUAAAUUAUGAAACAUAUCUGAUGAACUCAAAAUGCAUAAAAGAUAAAAAUGUUCAAGCAACAAAUUAUAUUGAUUCUAAUUCUGGGCAACGUGAUUCUCGCAUAUCAUUCGUCUAUAAACAAUAUGUCUUAUAUUUCGGAUCAGAACUUGAGCAACACAACAAAUAUUUUAAAGUCAAACAGGAGCGGCAGAUUUCUUUUCGAUGCAAUAUUUCGAAUUAGCGCAGGAAUUUCAAACGCAUUUGGCUAUGAAGCAGAGGAAUAUGCUGAUUAUAACGAAGAUGUCCAUAUUAAAACCUGUGAAUGUGAUUGUGGAUAUCCCAACGAAGAAAUCAGGAUUAUUGGUGGCAGACCCACAGGUGUAAAUCAAUUCCCGUGGAUGGCACGCAUAGUCUAUGAUGGAAAAUUUCAUUGCGGUGGAUCCUUACUUACCAAAGAUUAUGUUUUAACUGCCGCGCAUUGUGUUAAGAAGCUACGAAAGUCUAAAAUAAGAAUUAUUUUUGGUGAUCACGAUCAACAUAUUACUUCAGAGUCAAACGCGAUCCAGAGGGCUAUAACUUCUAUAAUUAAGCACAGAAAUUUCGAUCCUGAUAGCUACAACAACGACAUAGCUUUGCUAAAACUGCGAAAACCGAUGACAUUUUCGAAAAUUAUAAAGCCCGUAUGCUUGCCACGUUAUAACUACGAUCCAGCAGGUCGAAUUGGAACUGUAGUUGGAUGGGGUCGUACUUCGGAAGGAGGGGACUUACCUGCGAUCGUUAACCAGGUAAAGGUGCCUAUAAUGUCGAUUACUGAAUGUCGGAAUCAAAAGUAUAAAAGCAGUAGAAUAACAACCAGUAUGUUAUGUGCCGGAAGACCCAGCAUGGACUCUUGUCAAGGCGACAGUGGCGGCCCGCUUUUACUAUCAAAUGGAGUAAAGUAUUUUAUUGUUGGUGUAGUUUCUUGGGGUGUUGGCUGUGGAAGAGAUGGAUAUCCUGGAGUUUACACACGAGUUAGUAAAUUUAUACCAUGGAUAAAAUCUAAUUUACGAGACAGUUGUUUGUGCUCUUAAUAACAUAAAACAUGGUAUAUGUAUAUGUACUUGCAUAUUUGAGAGUAGACACUAAUGAGUGUAUUGUAAUUAUAGAACUGUAAGUUAAAUUUUAAAAUAAAUUUC